CUUUGAACUUCCUCAUCCCAAGAAAAAGGACCUUCUUGCACACUCUGUCCAUCGCCUACCAUCGCCUACCAUCGCCGUCGCUCAAAAUUAUGCAAAUCUCUGCAGCUCUGACUCUCAUAGUGGCCCUGUUGGGGAGCGCUGUCGUAGCGCAGCCCCCUCCUCCAACGGUCCCAAAUUGCUUGCCAAAUGACCUGCCGUGUUUCAUGACGCAAGCUCAGUACACUAUUCUCGGUACCGUCGUUGGCAAUAACGCCAACACCCCACCAGGCUCGGCGCAGAAUUACAAUGCGACCAUCGCCGUUCAAUGUAUUUACGCUUCCUUUGGUAAUAACCGCGGCCAGGGAGGUUUUGUUGGCCAGCAAAUUACCGUGACCGGCUUCGGUAACCCUAAUCAAAAGUGCCCCAACAACAUGGGUGCUGACGCCAUCCCUAACAACUCGUCCAUCUUCUUCAUUUACGUGGCGAGCAGUGUACCUCAAGGUGGCUUGCCCAUCUUCACUGUGUUCAAUCCGUGCGGUGGAGGUAUCCCAUACAGUCCUCAAAACCUGCAAACCCUUGCCAAUUCCUUGGCCAAGUUCCCUCAGAACGCCAUCGCUGGCGCGCCGAACUGUGCACUUCCCGCUCCCGAGGCUACGGCUACUGCGCCUGCGGGAGGCGCUACCCAAACCCCAGGAGGCAACCCGCUUGCGCUUCCUGGAAGUGCUGGUUACUCAGCUGUUCCUCAGUGGACUCUAUUUGGAGGCAUUGCAACCAUUGCACUUGCUGCGAUGACAGCGCUAUUUUAAAGGCGCUACUAUUGGAUAUUGCGACCUAAUUCUAAUUACAUGUGAAUGUGCACAAAGAAAUGAAAAAAGUCUCUCAUUGCUAACUGUAGCUGAGUCUUCAAAUUAUAUAUUGUAAUAUAUUGAACAUAGUUUUGCUCAAUAGUGGCUACAGUACGUCUAGGGUGAAUAUGUUCUAGUUUCUAACUUACUGAAAGAACAAUUCUUUCAAAAUACGCGCUGUAUCU